AUGCAGAACGAAGCAAGCGGAAAUAUAGCACGUGUCGCCGUCAAAGCCCCUCCAUUUUGUCAUGCUAAUCCGGAACUAUGGUUGAAGCAAAUGAAGAGUCAAUUAAUUCUCGCCGGUGUGACGACUGAAAGUAUGAAAUUUCACCAUAUUGUGUCGGUUUUGCUACCGGAAAAAUUGGAAGUCGUCGGCGACAUUAUGCAAGAUCAGCCGGCAGAAAUACCCUACGAAGCACUGCGAAGGAGAUUGGGUUCUCAGUACGUGCAAAGUGAGGAGCAAAAGUUAAAGGACCUUAUUUCUGGGAUGCAGUUCGGGGAUAGAAAACCUUCCCGAUUGUUGGUAGAAAUGAGGAAUAAGGCCGGCAAUAAGAUCAGCGAAGAGGUAUUGAAGUUCUUGUUUCUUCAACGGCUGCCUACCCACGUGCAACAGAUCUUGACUAUCACCAACGACAAAUUGGAGAGAUUAGCGGAGAUGGCCGACGCCAUCAUGGUAGAAAUGCAUAAUCCACGAUUUUUUUGA